GGGAGGUCAAAGGUGUCUAACAAAAUGGCUGCACACACUCGAGCCGCAAGCAUAGUGCUCUCAGCAGCCAGAUAGUGAGGACAAAUUUGAAUGUUUUGGUCCCCGGCGACCGCAGCAAUUUUUAUACGGAGCUAUUCUCUCCCCAUACUGCUGGCCAUGGCCGACUUAUAUUUAUGGAUAAGUCCACUACGGCUUUAUUAAAAACUCCGUAGAGCAGUCUGCGGGGAUCCGAACCGGUAGGAGAGUCAGCCCCACACGGCUGCGGGGAACAAGGCAACAUCCCGGGCAUGUUGGAACUUCUGUCAAGACACAACUGCAAGACUCGAAGAUGAACAGGAAAAAAGAUAAAGGAUUUGAGAGCCCGCGCCCAUUUAAAUUGACCCACCAGGUGGUGUGUAUCAACAACAUCAACUUCCAGAGGAAGUCCGUCAUUGGCUAUGUCGAGCUGACCAUUUUCCCCACAGUGGUCAACCUGAACAGGAUCAAGCUUAACAGUAAACAGUGCCGCAUCUACAGGGUCCGAGUCAAUGAACUGGAAGCCCCAUUCAUUUACAAUGACCCGACACUGGAGGUGUGCCACCAUGAGUCCAAGCAGAGGAACCUCAAUUAUUUCUCCAGCGCGUACACCGCAGCAGUGAGUGCUGUGGACCCUGACGCAGGACAUGGGGAGCUGGUCAUCAAAGUUCCGCCUGAACUCUGGAAACAAGGAGAUGAUUUAAAAGUUUUGAAGGUGUACAUAGAGUUUUCCCUGGACCAGCCAAAGGGAGGUCUCCACUUCGUUGUUCCUGACGUGGAAGGCAGCAUGGCGGAGCGGGGAGCUCAUGUGUUCUCCUUUGGAUACCAGAACUCCACCAGGUUCUGGUUCCCCUGCGUCGACUCCUACUCGGAGCUGUGCACCUGGAAGCUGGAGUUCACCGUGGAUGCUUCCAUGGUGGCCGUGUCCUGUGGCGAUCUGGUGGAGACAAUCUACACCCAUGACAUGAGAAAGAAGACUUACCACUAUGUCCUCCCCAUCCCCACCGCAGCCCCAAACAUCUCCCUGGCUGUGGGGCCCUUUGAAAUCCUUGUAGACCCCUACAUGCAUGAGGUGACUCAUUUCUGCCUGCCACAGCUGCUGCCCCUGCUCAAACACUCCAUGUCCUACCUACAUGAGAUUUUUGAGUUCUACGAGGAGAUUCUGACAUGCCGCUACCCUUAUUCCUGCUUCAAGACUGUGUUUGUGGACGAGGCCUACGUACAGCUGUCUUCCUAUGCUUCAAUGAGUAUUUUCAGUACCAACCUGCUCCACAGCGCUACGAUCAUCGACCAGACCCCGCUGACACGGCGCUGCCUGGCCCAGGCCUUGGCUCAGCAGUUCUUUGGCUGUUUCAUCUCCAGGAUGUCAUGGGCUGAUGAGUGGGUGCUAAAGGGAAUCUCAGGCUACAUCUACGGCCUCUACCUAAAGAAGACCUUUGGAGUCAAUGAGUACCGGCACUGGAUCAAAGAGGAGUUGGACAAGAUUGUGGAAUAUGAACUAAAGAUGGGAGGGGUUCUGUUGCACCCAACCUUCAUCGGAGGCAAAGAGAAGGACAAUCCAACUCCCCACCUUCACUUCUCCAUCAAGCACCCCCACACCUUGUCCUGGGAGUACUUCAAGAUGUUCCAGUGUAAGGCCCAUCUGGUGAUGAGGCUGAUAGAAAACAGGAUCAGCAUGGAGUUCAUGUUGCAGGUUUUCAACAAGCUUCUGAGCCUGGCUAGCACAGCCUCAUCCCAGAAGUACCAGAGUCACAUGUGGAGCCAGAUGCUUCUGUCUACUCACGCCUUUCUCAAAUCUAUCUCAAACGUCUCGGGCAAAGACAUAGGCCCCCUCAUCAAACAAUGGGUAGACCAAAGUUCCGUUGUGAAAUUCUUUGGCAGUUUUGCCUUUAACAGGAAGAGGAACGUCCUCGAGCUGGAGAUCCGUCAGGACUACACAUCAUCUGGAACUCAGAAAUAUGUGGGUCCAAUCAAAGUGACAGUGCAAGAGCUGGACGGAUCCUUCAACCACACACUGCAGAUUGAGGAGAACAGCCUCAAACAUGACAUUCCCUGUCAUUCCAAGAGCAGACGGUACCUACCACAUGCCGACUCUCCUCUCCUCUGGAUCCGGAUUGACCCAGACAUGUCCAUUCUGAGGAAGGUGGAGUUUGAGCAGGCGGACUUCAUGUGGCAGUAUCAGCUGCGUUAUGAGAGGGAUGUCGUUGCACAGGAGGAAGCCAUCUCAGCAUUGGAGAAGUUCCCAACUCCUGCCUCCAGACUGGCUCUGACAGACAUCCUAGAGCAAGAACAGUGUUUCUACAAAGUCCGCAUGCAGGCCUGCUUCUGUUUGGCCAAGAUAGCCAACUCCAUGGUGAGCACGUGGCAGGGCCCGCCGGCUAUGAAGUCCCUGUUCACCCGAAUGUUCUGCUGUAAGAGUUGCCCCAACAUCGUCAAGACCAACAACUUCAUCAGCUUCCAGAGUUACUUCCUGCAGAAGACGAUGCCUGUUGCCAUGGCGCUACUUAGAGAUGUCCAGAACCUCUGUCCUAAAGAUGUUCUCAACUUCAUCCUUGACCUCAUCAAGUAUAACGACAACCGGAAAAACAAAUUUUCAGAUAACUACUACCAUGCAGAUCUGAUCGAAGCACUGACCAACUCUCUGACCCCCGCCAUCAGCAUCAGCAACGAGGUGCGCACAGUGGACAACUUGAACGCUGACGUCCGUCUCAUCUUGGAGGAGAUCACACGAUUUCUCAACAUGGAGAAACUGCUGCCGAGCUUCAGAAACACCAUCACUGUCCGUUGUCUGAGUGCGAUCCGUCAGCUUCAGAGGAACGGCCAUAUUCCCAGUGACGCGUCUCUCUUCAAGUCCUACGCUGAGUAUGGACACUUUGUGGACGUGCGCGUCGCUGCACUGAAGGCUCUGGUGGACUACACUAGAGUUGAAAGAAGCUCAGUGGAGCUGCAGUGGCUGCUCAACAUGGUCCAGAAUGAUCCAGCUCAUUAUGUCAGACAUAAGAUCCUGGGUAUGCUCAGUAAGAAUCCACCUUUCACCAAGACAACAGACUCCCCUCUGUGUAACGAAGCUCUGGUCGACCAGCUCUGGAAACUAAUGAACUCAGGUACCUCCCACGACUGGCGACUGCGCUGCGAUGCCGUGAACCUCUACUACACGUUGUUCGGUUUGACUCGACCCUCCUGCCUGCCAUUGCCAGAACUGGGCCUCGUGCUCAACCUGAAGGAGAAAAAAGCUGUUCUGAACCCCACCAUCAAGCCUGAGCUGGAGGUCGGCCCCGUUGUGGACACCCCUGCCAGUAUCGGCAUCCAUGGUGUGGGCAUGUGCUACGCAACUGUGGAUGAGGAGCCAGAUCCUAUUUCCUUAGGGGUGUGUGGGGUGGGCCAACCCCCUCAGGGCCUGAAGAGGAAGGCUGAGACCCCCCUGGGAUCCCCCCCAGAGCCAGGACAGGUGCUGCAGCAGCAGGACGAUGAUACAAGAGGGGGCCACUUCAAGAUCCGGUUCAACACAAUGGAAGAUGAAGACAUUGAUAUGGAGACGGUUCAUGAUAGUCAGGCUUUCAUUCACCAGCAUCUCCAUCUGUUAGAAAGACCCUCUACACCAGGUAAAGAGCCGCCGUCAGUGGAACAGUCCAUGCUCUCCAUGCCGGCCACACCCGUGCCGUCCUUCACCAAAGAGACGUCCUCUUUGUCCUCCAAGCACAGCGGGGAACACGGCCACCACCAUCACCACCACCACCAUGAGCACAAGAAGAAGAAGAAGAAGCACAAACAUAAGCACAAGCAUAAGCACAAACACGAAAGCAAGGACAAGGAGAAGGACAGAGAGAGGGACAACUCGCACGCCUACAGCAACAGCCCGGCCAGCGGCAGGUCCCUGCGCUCGCCCUCUCUGUCUGACUAAACAUCCAACUGCUAUUGGGUCAGUUACAGUUAACCUGGUACAUAAAUGGAAAGCAAAAUAUCAGGGUUUCCCCCAGAAACGUGGUUUAGCCCGGUGGCAAGUGUCUAUUUUUUUUUUUUUUUAAGAGAGACCAGCUGGGGCCAGUCACAGACUGAUGGCAGGUUUAAUGUGUCUGUGAUAUCAGAAUCCUGGAUGGAAUCGCAAAAUUGAGAAUUUCAAAAAGCUUCACUGUAAGACAUAUUCCAAAGGGCAUACAUUAAGUCAGUGCUAAAAGCUAACUGGAGAUUUGAAAAUAUAACCACAUGUUAGAUUCAACCGAGCCACCCCACUGUAACUAGUUUAAUAAACGUCUCAAAAAUACUACAACAAAAAUCCCUUUGGUUUAGGCAUAGUGGGGGGGAACUCAGGCCCAGUGGACCGCCAGGCUUGCAAUACACUGGGGGAAACACUUAAAUGUGAACAUGUUCUGGUUUCUUCUCUCUUCUGUGACAGUAAACUGAAUAUCUUUGAGUUGUGGAGAAAGCAAGACAUUUGAGGACAUCAUCUUGGACUUUGGGAAACACUGAUCCACAUUUUUCACCAUUUUCUUACAGUUUAGAGACCUAACAACUAGUCCAUUCAUCCAGGCAAUAAUCCAUAGAUGAAUCAACUAUGAAAAUAAUCGGUAGUUGCAGCUCUAAUUAUCAUACAGGAAGACUCAAGUGUUGAAGAAAGGAUGCGUUUCCAAGUGUAAUCCUCAGAUAGCCGGCAGCACUGAAUCCCUCAGCGGUCCAUGUUGGCUUGAGAGAGGAAGCAGAAGGUUGAAGUGAGGCUGCCGUGUCAUUAAGGUAAACCCUCCGGAGGCAUCACACCACACAGCCUGCAGCACUUUGUGGACUUUUUGACACGGCUUCCAAUCUGUCCGAGGCAUGCAACCACGUACACCUCUCUCCACAAACAGGCCAAUAACUUGUACAUUUCCCCCCCACAAAGACACCACUCUGGUGUGCCUCAUCCCCACAGCUCAAUGCCAACAUUCAGUGGCUUCGGAGGGGAAACAUGAUGGUGGUGGUGGUGGUGGUGUGGAUUAAACCAUUCUGUCUGGACUGUGCCUGCGCUGUAUUUCAUAUCCUGCAAAGUACAUUUCCCUGUUUGCUUCCAGAUGAAAAAAGAGGAAUUUCCUGUUAGAUUUUUACUGUACAAUUGAAACUGAAGUCAUAUUAAUGUUUUCUUUUAAAUAUAUGUUUUCUUUUUUUUGUCACUGAUGAUGAAAGAUACUUUUGUAUUCAUGAAUGUUUUAACUAGAUGGAAUCCAGCUUCACAAAGGCAUUUAUGGCUGAUUUACUCUGGCACUGUUUUUUUAGUUUUGAUUAGGUGGUUUUAAACAAUGAACAGAACAUGCAGAAUUCACUAUUCUUCAUUUAGAGAACCAGAGGACUAUCAGAACUGUGAUUACACAUGUUAAAAAAAA